AUGGCCAAGGACACACUGGAGGGCUCUCACAACAUGCCUUCCUCAGGCCGUCCUCUUGGCAUAGGGACAGGGCCGCUCACACCACCCUUAUGCCAGAAGGAGGGCGAGACAUGUGCUUUGCAAUGCCCUCCAAACAGUGAGUACCAGGACUGUGGAACAGCCUGUCCUGCCACCUGUACAGAUCAAAGGGAACUGUGCCAGGCUAUUUGUGUGGAAGGCUGCCAGUGUAAAGAAGGUUUUGUGCUGAGCCACGGGACCUGCAUUCCAAAGAGCAGCUGUGGAUGCUAUUACGAAGGACGCCCCUAUGCCCCCAAUGAGAGAUUCUGGGCCGAUGACAAGUGUUCAAAGCUAUGCGUGUGCAACCCAGCCACAAAGCAAGUGGAGUGUGGACCCAGUGCUUGCAAAGCCUCAGAAAUAUGUGACGUGCAGAAGGGCAUGCGGGGCUGCUACCCCAUUGACUACGGUAACUGCACAGCGCAGGGAGACCCCCACUAUCUUACCUAUGACAAAUGCAAGUAUGAUUUCCAAGGGAGCUGUUCCUAUGUGCUUUCUGAAGUGGAUCAAACCAUAAAGGACGUGGAGUGGUUUGGUGUGUAUGUUGAAAAUGAACAUCGGGGAAAUCAACAUGUGACCUGGACUCGGAGUGUGCAAGUCAAUGUCUUUAAUGUGGAGAUUGUUGUCAGCAGGCAGUUUCCAGGUAAAAUCUUGGUUAGUGGCUUGUUGACCUCCCUUCCGUAUAGCUCAUUUGGAGGAAGAGUCAAGGCAUUCAAGCAGGGCAACAAUGCUGUGAUCCAGGCAAACUUUGGCCUUGCUGUCCGUUUUGACUGGAAUGGCCAUGUUUUUGUCACUGUACCCAGCACAUAUGCAGGCAUCCUGCAUGGUCUGUGUGGGAACUUCAAUGGGAACUGCAAAGAUGAUGGCCUUGUGCCUGGUACUAUCCUUAUUCCCAGCAUUCCAGUAUUUGGGAAGACUAAGAAACCUGACCCAAAGUGCAUUGAYAUCACUGAUCCAAAGUGCCCAGGCAUGGAAYCCAUGCGAGACCAGCAYCGUGCCUCGGGCAAGGARUGUGGGCURAUUAUUGCCAAGGARGGGCCRUUCKGGGAAUGCCAUGCACYUAUUGAKCCAGAAGAUGCUUUCUUGGAUUGUYUCUAUGACUCCUGUUUCUUCAAGGGACARUAUACUGCRAUCUGUUCUGCAAUUGCCAACUAUGCCAAAGCUUGCCAAGCUGCUGGGAUUACUAUUUACCCAUGGAGAUCUUCAACCUUCUGUCCCCCAGCUUGUCCUAAAAACAGUCACUAUGAAUUAUGUGCCAAGGAGUGUGGCCAGAGCUGCAGCACUCUUUAUGUUCCAGCGUCUUGCCCUGCCAAAUGUGAGGAGAACUGUGUCUGUGACAAAGGCUUCAUCAAGAGCAAUGAUGCUUGUGUCCCAAUUGCCCAGUGUGGAUGUUUCCAUCAGGGCCAGUACUAUCCAAUGUUGGAGUACUUCUACCCAAGUUGUGAAGAACGCUGCCAGUGUCAGGCCAGUGGGACAGUGGCGUGUGAAGUCAUCCGCUGUGGCCCCAAAGAAGAGUGCAAAUUGCAGGGUGGUGUCCAGAAAUGCCACCCAACUGGAAGUGCUACCUGCUCUGCUACUGGCUACUUUUAUCAAACCUUUGAUAGCGUGUCCUUUAAUUUCCAGAGUACCUGCACCUACAUUCUUGCCAAGCUGCAGGAAAAUAUUGUGGGCUUGAGACCCAUUACUGUUGUUGUAGAGAAUGAAGCCUUGCGGAAUAGCAAGAGGACUGCGAUCAAGCUGGUCCGUAUAGAAAUCUCAGGCACUGCGGUUACUUUGCUGCGGAACAAAGUGGGAAUCAUCAUGGUGGAUGAAGUAUUCCAUUACCUCCCUGUGAAUCUUUUGGAUGGGCUGGUGAGAAUCUAUCAGUUUGGAUUAAACAUCAGGAUAGAGAGUGGUUUUGGCUUGACACUGAUCUAUGACCAGAAUGACCAUCUGAGGAUCACCUUUCCCAACACCUAUCAGGGUCAAAUGACAGGCUUGUGUGGCAACUACAAUGGACAGAAGGAGGAUGAUCUUCAGCUUCCUGGUGGCAAAGUCGUAUCUGAUGUGAUUGAAUUUGUUUCUGCCUGGAAAAUCCCAGUCCUUGGUGCCUCCUGCAGAGAUGGAUGCAAAGGUCCCAGCAUUCCAAUUUGUGGGAAAGAGAAGGAAGAACUUUUUAAGCAGCGCAGCUCCUGUGGGAUCCUCACAGCCUCUGAUGGGCCUUUCCAGGCUUGCCAUGCCAUUGUGGACCCCAAUAUGUACCUGAACAACUGUAUCUUUAAAAUGUGUAUAGGAGGUGAGGACAAGAAUGCCCUGUGCCAGGCCAUCCAGAGUUAUGUCGCUGUCUGUCAAGAAGCCAAGGUCGACAUCCAGCCUUGGAGGAGUGCCUCGUUUUGCCCUCUGACUUGCCCACCCAACAGCCAUUAUAGCACCUGCACUGACAUCUGUGAGACCCACUGUGCUGGGAUCACGGAUAAUCUCAAGUGCCCAGAAAGCUGUGCAGAAGGUUGCCAGUGUGAUGACGGAUUCUUCUUUGAUGGCAUCAAAUGUGUCUCCAUGGACGAUUGUGGUUGCUUUGAGAACAACAUAUACUUCCCGCCUAAUGAAGAGAUCCUGCUGAACGACUGCACUGAGAAAUGCAUCUGUAGUGCCGCUGGGGGUGUCAUCUGUGAAGCCAAUGCUUGCGAGGAGAAUAAAACCUGUAUAGUGAAGGAUGGUGUUGCGCAGUGCAGGAACAAAGCUACUCCAUUCUUGCGUGCCCUCGGUCUAGCGCCCGUACGAUUCCUCUCUCGCCUACCCCACUCACGCCCCUUUGCCCUCCUCCUGCAUGACAAGGGACUCAGCUAG